CAUCGCGCCGCUGCAGCUUCGAGCAGGCCACACCCUCCCCUUCUCCCCUUCUCCCCCUCCAUGCUGCCUGGAACGCCCUCGAGGACUCCGAACCGUCGCGAUCUGCGCCGCAGGGGCAGGAGGAGCCCCGUCGCCCGCUCCUCCUCCAUUCUCGGCUCCCUCAAAAGUUUUAUCACAACCCCACUGUCGUGGUUCACGUCCCAAGAGGACCUACAAGAGGACUUUGAAGACACACCCGGAAAGCGGCGGAGAAACCCCGAGGCCGCCGAGCGCGACGACCGGGAGCACGAGGAAGGGGAAGGACGGGCGAAGCGGCAGCGUGUGCACAGUCCAGAGCCAGAGCCAGAGCCCCCUCAGCAGCGGCGCCGGCUGCUGAGCGAACAGCCCGUCGCAGGCUACCUCGAUGUUCCGGAGGGUCUGAUACCCCAGCAUGAUGCUCUGCCUCGUCUCUCGAUGGGCCAUGCGCGGUCCUCGUCGCUGGCCACAGCGCCCCCGCGCUCAUCCGCGGUCCGCCUCGACCGCCACUCCCUCUCCCCACUCGCCGGCCCGUCGUACGUGCAGCCGCUCAGCAUCGCGCGCACGAUGUCCAUGGAUCCGCCGACGGGAUACCGCCCCCGGGCUUUGUCGCGGGACGUCUCGAUGGGCGUGGCCUCCGCACGCGAGGCGACAAUGACGCCGUCCCGUACACCGUUCCAAGUGCGCCCGCGCACGUCCAUGACACCCCAGCCGUGCGGCCAAGGGUUCGGUCCCGCCGUCCCGCGCCUCCACCGCGACACGUCCGAACCGCCACCGCUCGAGACCUCGUGUCGACCCCCCAAUUCGUCAAGGCCCCGCUGCAGACGCAGCCACAGAGACAGAUGCCCGCGAUAGAACCGAAGUUAACACUUGGAUCGCUGGCGGAAUCGCAGCCGAGGACACGGCGCAUGUCGCCCUUCGGCGAUGUUCCCCAGAGUCGCCCGUCGCUAGGGCAGAGCAGCGCGGUGCUCAUGGCCCGCUCGGGCUCCCUUGACGGU